AUAUUUUUUAUUUUAAAAAGAUAAAACAGCAACUACAGACGUGUGUUGUUGGAAAAUUAAUUAAUUGAAAGGUAACUUAAAAGUUUCAAUUGAAAGUAUUAAAGCAAAUACAUAAACACACAAGCGCAAUGAGUGAUAGUUCAGAUGAGGAGUGGGCUGCUGAGUGGAUACCAUACAGCCAAAGAAAUGAAUGGGCUGAUAUUUCACCAAUAGCCCAGGACGAUGGAGAAAAUCCGGUAGUCGCUAUAGCCUAUAGCGCAAAGUUUCGCGAAGUCUUUGAUUAUUUCCGUGCCAUAUUGGCGCGUCAGGAAAAGUCCGCCCGAGCUUUGGAUUUAACCACCGAUGCUUUACGUCUGAACCCAGCCAACUAUACCGUAUGGCAAUAUCGUCGCGAUAUCUUAAGGGCUCUGGGCAGUGACUUGAACGAGGAACUCAAUUAUAUAGAAGAUGUUAUUACAGAAAAUGCCAAGAACUACCAGGUAUGGCAUCAUCGUCGUGUUAUUGUUGAAAUGAUGAAUGAUCCUUCGAAGGAAUUGGAACUUACGGAGAUGGCUUUACGUACCGACGCUAAAAAUUAUCAUGCCUGGCAGCAUCGUCAAUGGGCUAUAAAAACGUACAACCUGUACGAUGAUGAAUUAGCCUUCGUUGACCGUCUUAUAUCCGAAGAUAUACGCAAUAAUUCAGCCUGGAAUCAGCGUUUCUUUGUACUUAAACAUCUUGGCUUUACAGACGAAAGAAUACAAAGUGAUUUACAAUACGCUAUGAAUCGUAUACGUGUUGUUAAGAACAAUGAAAGUGCCUGGAAUUAUCUGAAAGGUCUUUUAAGGCAAAGUGAAUGCGGCUCCCUAAAUCAUUUUCCUGAAGUGAUUGCAUUUUGUGAAGAACUUUAUAAUAGUAAUUCCAGGUCACCCUACCUAUUAGCAUUUUUAAUCGACGCCUACAUGGAGAAAUGUUUGAAAAGCAGCGAGUUGGGCGAAAAGGAAACAAUGUCACGUAAGGUGUACAAUCUGUGCGAUGAUAUGUCAAAGAAACAUGAUGUUAUCAGACGUAAAUAUUGGCAAUAUGUGGCAGAUGAAUUGAAAACUAAAAUGGAUUCGAAACAUCUUUAAUUGUAUGGUAUUUGUCGGUGUAUAAAGUUUUUUUAAAUUUAAAUAAUUUUUUAAAGAAGAAGAUUUACUUAAAAAAGUUAACUUUAGUUUUAAGAUACUCCUCUCCUUUAAUCUUUUUCAACAUUGUAUAUCUAAAUGUUUAAUAUUUUUUUUAGGAAUAUGUGCAGAUAUUGUCGUAUUUUUUAAAUAAACUUCUAAUUUACUAUUUACAAAAUGA